ACGUCGACCCAAGACCCUUUCUAGCUUUCGAGUACUAGCUACUAGCAGUAUGAUAGUCUACUUGUUACCCAAGCGCCACCAUCGCUCAAAUGCCAACACGGAACCAAACGUAUUAGUCUCACAAAUCGAAAGAAUUUCCACCACAAACCAACACAAACAACAACCCUCACCACAAACAUGCCAUUCCACAACAACUAUGCUGAUGGAUCUCCCAGGCCUCUCCUCCGAGGAUGGUUGCACGGAAUGGGUGCUCUCACCUUCAUUCCACUGGUCUACAUGAAUUGGAAUGAUAUCCCCACACCUGCCACCCCUGCGAUGAUUGCUAUCUGCUGUGUGUUUGUGUUUUCCAGUCUGGUUCACUUGGUUCCUUGGAAAUCUGAAAAGUUUUUGGAAGCACUCACUCGAGUGGAUAAAUCUUGCAUUUUGGCUGUCUGUGUGACUUCCUUCAUGGCGCCUCAGCUUUUGGAGAGUGAAGCAUGCAAGCCCGACUUCUCCUAUUCACUGGCAACAGUGGCAAUUCCUGUUACCAUGUCCAUCAUUGGAGUCCUUUGUGGUCUUGGCCCGGUUGUAUUUGCAAGCUGUGGCAUUGCUUUUGCCUCCAUCUUUUGGUUCUAUGGAUUGCAAGUGGAUGACUCUGAGUUCUUCUACUGCUCUGUGGGCUGCCUUGUACUGUACGGAUUGGGACUUUCCCUCUAUGCCGGUCAAGUGGGAGGGCACAAGUCUUUCUGGGGCUACCACGAAUGGAUGCAUUUGAUCGUCACCCUUGGAAUUGCAGUCAAUACGCGUGGAGUCUUUGUAUUAAGUUCCUACACUGACGAAAUUUGCAGUACUGGAAGCAUUGUUGCUGAAUCUGCAACACAGGCAGGUCUGUUUGAUGAUCUGUUGUGGUUGGGCAUUCAAUGAGCCCACCAUGAUGCUAUGUACAGAAAGAAUAGAAUAGAAAUUCCAGAGAAAAAAGACAUUGCUGAGGAAUGAGGGAGGGAAGCUUCACAGUCCACGGCUACAAGCUUUCUGAACACAGAAUCUCCCCAUCCCAGCGACUCUUUCUCCGGAUCAAGCCUAAACAGUUUUGUUCAUAAAACUUUAGAAAUAUCAUAAAAGAAGUUUCAUUCG